AUGCCUUCUUCAUUCAUCCUGCACGUGCUAAAUAAGGUGUGCGGCACAGAAGAUGCUGAUUAUUUACAUGUCUUCCGUUUUUUUAUCAAUGAUCUACAUAACCAAUUAGACAAAUUAAGCAGAGAACGGUCAGAGUCGGACAAAGAACAUAUCGAAAAGGUAUAUCGUGGUAAAUAUCUAGCUUGUAGUAUAUUACAAAAUCUAAUUGAUAAUGAGGGUGAACUAAUAUCGUUCAAUGACUUUUUGUCGACGACAAAGGAUAAAGACGUGGCUAUGAUUUAUGCUGGUACCGGAGCAACUCGUCCCGGUCCAGAACCCGUGCUGUUUGAGUUGCAUAUUGAUCGUACCAUAAUCACCAAACCGUUUCUGAAACUCACACCGAAGGAGACUAAAGUACCAGCCGAAGCCGAAGUGCUGUUCUCAAUUGGAACUGUGUGGCGUAUCAAAAAAGUCGUGAAACCGCCCGAAGGUAAUAAUAUAUGGCUGAUCGUAUUAGAGCCAAGCAAAUAUCAGGAUCCGAACGCGUCAGAAUUAACAGACUUUUUAAAACAAGAAAUUCCUCAAACAUCUACAUUAUUAACGUUAGGCAUAUUUUUAACAAAAAUUGGUCAAGCCGUCAAGGCCGAAAAAUAUUAUCGUAUGUUAUUAAACGAACUUCAGACCAAACACGAGGACUACGGCUAUGUUUGUAACCAACUUGGGUGUCUUCUGUACGACAAAAAGGAUUAUAGCGUGGCCAAGGAUUAUUUUGAAAAGGCAGUGGCGUGCACCAAAGGCACUAAAACUGAAACAUAUGUAGUCGCUAAAAUAAACCAUAAACUAGUUCAGCUUGAUUCACAGUAUUGUCCAACUCUAUUGGAUGAUCAGCUAGGAACACUUGAGGUAACGCUAAAAUCGUUGUCCUCCGAACAUGCAGAUUUACAAACGGCAAUUUUAAAUAAUAUUGGAGGCGUUUAUCAUCAGCUUGGCAAUCAUCCAAAAGCAAUUAAUUCUUACGAAAAAGCUCGUGACCUUUUGAAAGAAACCAAACCCGUGGAUUUGGGUUCUCUGUCGGUCGUUUACAAUAAUUUAGGCGCAGCAGAGUAUAUUAAAGGACACAGUUAUACCGAGGCAUUGAAAUACUUUACAUUAGCUCAUGAUAGUGGUGUGAUGGUGUGGGGCUCAUCAAAUCCAUUGAUCAAAGAUUAUUUGCAAAACAUGGCAACGACACAAGGAAAGCUAGAAAAUAAACCUAAACGACUGAAAACUAAAAAGAAUGAUAAUUCUUUCAUAUGA